AGACUCGCUGGCGCUCCGCCUUUCACUGUUUUCCCCCUUCUCUGUCCCCCUGCCCCCCGCUCCUCCCCGAUAGAAAGCUGUACGGCUUAGAAGUAUACGUCAGCCAGCCAGCUCGCCUGUGCAGUUUACUUGUUUGUCAGCUGUCAAGGGAAAAGGAAUAGGGGACGUAGACAGCUGCUGUCUAUCGCUCCCGAAUAUUUAAAUUAGAUAUUUAGUUUUCGCGUCUCAGUUGUUCAUUACUCAUAUGUUAAACAAAAGGAUAUUGGAUCCGAAGAGAGGGAAGCAGACGAGUCGGUGUAUUCUGCGAUAUUAACCAUGCGCAGCAACUUUAUGGUGAAGAGUUCGAAUGAAGUGACAUUAUUACAUCCAAAAGGUAAGGUUGUGGUUGUGUUUCUUUGCGUUGGCGAACUAGCUGCCUUGUUUAUCUAGGUAGUUUUAACUGUAAAACAUUCAACGUUGUGAAACUUCUCAGAUGCAAGCUAUGUUUUCGUAAGCACAUACACAGUUAUGUAGUAGAGCGUGUAUUGUUUACGCCACUAAAAGUCUGAAGAAUCUGUUAUUGUAGCAUAUUAAGUGUACAUGCAAGAAUAAAUACAAAUAUAUGUAGCCUGCUUACAAAUCAGUGUUCUGUUGCGCUAAUGAAGGCAAUGUAAUCUGACAGAAGGUAUUAUUCCGUGUUGCAUUUUUAGCUAUUCUUAAUAAUUAUUUGGCGAGAUAUUAACAGGAGUGUUGGAGGUUUGUCAGAAUUACACAUACAUACUACAAGUAUGAGAACGAUUUCACACCCUUAGCAGGAAUAAUUGAGUUUUGUCUAGGAAGUUUAUUAACACUAGCUCAUCAAAACACAAUCACAGGAGAUUCUGAUAGUAGACUGGUGCACUUUCUACCACGAAUCAUUUUGUUAGUCAGAUUACUUGUAGUGAAAUUUAGAACUGCUUGUUGUUGUUUUGAAAUAAAUAACUUGUGAACUGUGUAUACGUUUAAUAGAAUGUGACUGCAAAGCACACAUAUUGGAACUGACAAGCGAUACGUACAUAUUUGUUCAUUAUUGUGGGUGAAGGGAUAGUUCUUAGUACACUUAAUUGUAGUGAUUGUAGGGGUAAUCAUUUAGACAUGUCUGAAUUUUUCUGGAAUUAUAAUGCAGUCAGUUAUAUGGCUAAUAAUAGUAGCAUCACCAUGGUAUUCUUUGAAUACUUCCAAAAUAGUACCCCCCCCCCCCAAAAAAAAAAAAAAAGUGAGAAAUUAUAUUUAAGCUUUUCCCAAUUAAAAAUGGGAAACUAUCACCUGUUCCUGACUGCCUCCUUACACCUUGCUUCCACUGAACGUGCAUGCAUUUAUAACUGGCUUGAUACCCCAAGUCUCCUUUGUUUUUGCAAUGUAGCUAGUGCCUAGCUAGCUAAUAGCAUUUUGAGUUAUUGAUCUGUCCUGCUGUCACUGAAUGUUGAAAAGAAGCUCCUAAAUGUUUUCAGUUCAACUAUUGAUAUAACAUGACCACUAGCUGGACCAAAUAUCAGUUUGGCUAAUCAGUUGUUUCUCUCUGUGGUGACAUUAGUUCCGAGUGCAAAAGUUGAUUUGAGAAUGUGUCAAGCCAGAUUAUGUGGCUCGAUUGCUAUGUAGGAGCUAAUAUUAAUAAAGGUAAGAAGGGUAAUGGCAUCACUCUGCUGUUUCCAUAGUUACAUAGCGAGUCUGUUAUUAACAUUAGUUGUAAAGGUACAAGAAUGAUGAUAAAGGAGUCUGUCCAAAAUGCAUCUGUUAUUAAUUCCUUCCCCUCUCUUUUUAAGUGCACCUCCACGAUGGAGGUAAAAAAUACCCAAAAAAAAGACCCCUCACCUCCCCUAAUCUUCUUCACUUCAGUUGGGGCAGGGGCUAUAUUUUCAUGCCUUUGUCUGAAAGGUGUUUGGCUUUGUAUUAAUAAUUCUGAUACAGUUCACCUUGUACUAUCCUUUCUGAUAUUACAUGUUUAACGGUUGUUGUGGUUUAGACUAUUGGGCUAAAACACUAGAGAAUUUCGUACCUUACUUUUCCAAUAACUUUGGCAGAUGGGUUAAAAUAUCUGUAGUGUAUUUGCCAAGGCUUGGAGUUCUGGCUGAUUUUUGAGCAAUCAUUCAAAACAGUAGCCUACCUUUUUCAGACAUACCUGCAUAAAUGGAUGAUUUCAUUUUACUUAGGCCUAAGUGUUACUUUGUACAUUAAAAUAACGACUCAUUAACACAUAUGUUAUGAAAUAUAUUUAUGGAUUUAUGUGUAGAUCAAUUUGUUUGAUUCAUCACACACAUGUUGUUGGAGUUAUGUGGCUCAGCUACUUUAAGUUUAUUCUCCCACAGACUGCACAUUUAUUUUAAACUUUUAAUUUAUGCGAAUAGCAAUAUAAUGUUUGUGAAUAAAAGGCCCAAUAAAAAUUAGUCUGCUUAUUGAAUUUGUGAAAAUUAGAAUUUUACUUGCCUCCUCGAAAAUACAGUUUUUGCUUCGGCUUUUAAUUGACGCUCUUAAUAAAUGCCAUUUUCACAUAUUUCCACACAGACAAUGCACCUCCUCAUGCAGCGGCAAAAACAAACCAAUAAAUCCCUGGUAUUUUCUCCUGCCGCUGCCAUUUCUGUAACUGGGAUCCGGAACAGCACUUAGUAUUCAGGCAGGGGAUGUCUGGUUGCAUGUAGCAGUGUGAUGAAUGAACCGUGGACAUAGAAAAACGCCCGCAGCAAGGAGGAGAGAAAGAAGGAGCCGCCACAGCCAGGCUUCCUGUUUACGGCCUGGAGUGCGAGCCGCGCGCACUUACUGUGGGCGGCUGGGGUGGGGGGAGCAGUGCAGAAGAAAAGCUUUGGGCCGUGUUACUUUCAGGUGGAUGGGGCUUUCUUACUUGGACAUGUUUUCGGGACAAAUGACUUAGGCGGCGCUGUCACUGUUGUCAGUGAAACACCGGGGAACUUUUGGACCAUUAUACCAAGGGUCCACAAAAUAUGUGCCGGUUCAUUUCUGAUGAACUUGUUACUUAACUUCGGGGAGUGGCAGUGGAUGGCAUCAGCGAUGUUCUGUUGACCUUUUAGAAGCACAUUGGCCCAUAUAUACACCUCCACAUAUGAAUAUUAUACAGAUAUCUGAGGACCACACAGUGAGAAGCAGGCCUUGUCCUCCCUAGCGUAGCCCUCCAGUGUAGAAUCUCCACUUUGUUUCUUGCUCUCUGUAUCACUGUCUGCAUCUCUCUUUCUUCUCUUUCCCCGGCUUCCAGCAGCCCGAGCCCAGCGGCAGCUACACUGCUGCCACAGACGUUCUGUACUCCUUUACGUAACGCUGAAAUCCUCUCUAGGCACUUUGACUGUACUCUCUGCCUCUUUUUCCCUCCCUCUCUCUCUCUCGUUGGCUGAGGGUUUUUUUCCACUCACCUCUGUCUGCUGUUGUAUUGCACAGAAAACUGGACGAUGGCAGAAGGGUGGACUUGCUGAGUGGGAUGGAUGACAGGAUCUUCCUCCUGCAUGUGUUUGUGUGUUUCUGCACGGAGAUUUAACACCUGAGCUCAUUGCGAAGAGGGGCAAGGAGGAGAGGGGGAAUGUUGCCUCAUUAGUUCUUUUUUUUAUUUGCGCUUUAAAAACAAGAAACAGAACAGAAAUAACACUAAAAAGAAACAAAUUAAUGCACAGGUGAGAGGGGCAUUCUGUGGGGGUUUAUACAAAUUAUCACGAAGGUCACAGGACGAAUAACACCUUGGAUUCAUUCUGUAGAAUAAUAAUUCUACUAUUAAAAUUAUUGGUGACAAGAAAACCUGGAAGGAGAAUGAAUGUGAUAAAAGGACAAAUAAGAAUAUUUCAGAACAUUAAUAUUUUGGCCAAUUAGAUCACAAUUAGAUUACAUUAAUUGAGAAAGUGUUCAAGGCUUUUGUUUCCAAAAGACAGACAGUGUCUCUAAAAUUAAAUAGUUUAUGUUAGAGAUGUUAAUGUUUAGUAUGGUUAAUUGUAAGCUAUAUACCGAAUAUAGAAAUGGCUGAAACUGAAAACUAUUACUGGAUGUCCAUCCAUCCAUCCAUUUAUACCUGCUUAUCCUGGGCAGGGAUCGUGGGGGGUGCUGGGGCCUUUCCCAGCAUGCAUUGGGCGAGUGGCAGGAAUACACCCUGGAAAGCCACCACAUGCAGGGCAUGAUGCACUAUGUGAAAAAUUGCAAAUGUGGGAGAUGAGGCAACGCACAUGCUACUGUAAUUUAGAUUUACAGUGCUGUGAAAAAAGUAUUUGCCCCCUUCUUGCUUACCUCUUUUCUGCAUAGCCUAUUUGUCAUACUGAAUGGUUUCAGAUCUUUAGACAGUGUAAUAUUAGACAAAGCGAAACUGAGCAAACACAUUUUUAAAAUUAUUUGUUCAUUUAUCUAAUUAAAAAAGUUAUCAAACACCCAUAUUAAACACGUGAAAUUGUAGUUGCCCCAUUAAUUACCCAAUCAACCAGUUCCACAAAUUUAAUUGGUAAUUAGCAUCAACUGAUUGGAUGCAGCCAAGCUUAAUUGCAGCCAGCCCUGUUGAAUCUAAACUUUACUCAUAUUGAACCUUACAAUCAGAGUGAAGUAGUCAUCAAAAGUUUUUACAAGCACACUAUGCCACAAUCAAAUGGAAUUUUCGAAGAGAUGAAGAAAAAGUUGUUUAAAUAUAUCAGCUGGGAAAGGGUUACAAAGCCAUUUCUAAGGCUCUCGGACACCACAGAGAGCCAUUAUUUCCAAAUGGAGAAUGCUUGGAACAGUGGUGAAUCGUCCCAGGAGUGGCUGGCCUGCCAAAAUUUCUCCAAGGGCCCAGCAAGAACUCAUCCAGGAAGUCACAAAAGAUCCUAGAAGAAAAUCCAAAGAACUGCAGGUGUCUCUAACCUCAACUAAGAUACAUGUUGGGGCGCGGAGUGAAGCGCAAGCUGAGCGACUGCGAGGAGGCGAUGGGGGCGAAGGACCCGGCGCUGGACCUGCCCUACAUGCAGCAGCGGCAGCUGGUCCUGAACCUGUGCCUGGACAAGCUGCAGAGCUGCCACACUCGGGCAGAGCCCAGCCUCCACCGCGCGGUGCUGCUGGCCAACACCCUGCGCCAGAUCCAGGAGGAGAUGCGGCGGGAGGGCUGGGAGCCGCCCGCCGCGCCCGCCCCCUCGCCCCCCCACGCCGCCACGCCGCUGCACACCCCCAGCUUGCCGCCCGUGCCCUCAGACUGCCUCGCCGGGGACGGCUCCGCUGCGGACUCUGACACCAGCCUGUGCCCACCACCCUCCCUGCUGAGAGAGGAGGGUGGCACGCAGGGGGAGAGAGGGCCACCAGCCUGCCCGGGCUGCACCGAGAGCGAGGGGCAGAGCGUCUCCUCUUCCUCGUCCGCCUCUUCGUCAUCCUCCUCCUCCUCCUCCACCUUCUCCACCCAACCAGAGGAGAGCAGGACACCAGACUUGCUGUUCAGCUCCUUUGAGAUCACAAACUCAACCAGCUAUCUGACAGAUCUGGCCUUUGAUGACAUCUUUGAGGACAUUGACACCUCCAUGUACGACUGCUCUGACUUCUCCUCUGUCCUGGCGUACCCCCCACUGAGGGCCAACGGUGCCACCCCUGCAGCUGACGAUGGCCUCAAGUCAUUCCCUAGCUGUACCACAGCCAGCACCCUGCAGCUGUGUCUCACAGACCUGAACGAACUGGAUCACAUCAUGGAGAUCCUUGUGGGGUCAUGAGUAACCUGGAUCGCAUUAUUUGGGGAUCCUUGUGGGGUCAUGAGUGACCUGAAUCGCAUUAUUUGGGGAUCCUUGUGGGGUCAUGAAUGACCUGGAUCGCAUCAUGGAGAUCCUUGUGGGGUCAUGAAUGGCCUGGAUCUCAUUAUUUGGGAAUCCAUUUGUGGUUGUGAAGGACCUGAAUGACAUUGUGAAUCUUAGUGUGGUCCUGAAAACCUCCUUUUUCUCUAUUGUUUCUAUUUUCAUAAAUGUAUUUGGGGUGAGAACAGCAAAAUUGUUUUUAAAAAUGUGCUAUUUAUUUUUAUACAAAUCUAACACAAUAUAUUUAUAUAAAAAGACAAAUACAGAGACUUGCCUGAUGCACACCUACUGUAGAAUGAAACACAAGUGUGGUGAGAGCUGAUGCAAUGUUUCUUACAUUUAAAAAUGUAAAGACUACAGCGAGAAACACAAAGUAUUAUCAUUAUCAGCUAUUUUACUGAACUUUCGAUUGCAUUUGACAACAAAAUUAUAGCCUUACAUGCAGCUGCUCGAUUGAAAAUGAAUUGGAAAAAAAUCAACUUGUGUAAUAAGGCAAUGCCUUCAGCUUUUUCAACUGAAAGUUGCUUAUUUUUGUAAAUGAAUUUUUAAUAUGUAUUUCUAAACCAUUAUAAUGUCCUUUAAUGGAUUUGAUUCCAUCAUGAAGUCCGUCAUGAUAGCAACAUUAAAUAUAUAAUGCUAACUCUACCUCUUGUUGAUCUGCAUUAAGCACACUGUUUCUCAGCUUUUGGGCUUUACACAAAUUCUUUGAUAUCUAGUCCUAGCAGUUUAAUGUACUUUUAGUGUUUGUACUGUUUUAAAUAAUACAUAGAUACUGGCGAUUAUUUAUAGUUCUCUAAGAUUAUUUAUAGUUCUGUUUGCUUUCAGACAGGAUACACACAGCAUAGCAGUGUUUUGGGAUUUUAAUGUAGAAGACUGAUACAAGUCCUCUGGUCUCUAUUAGCAACAUCGCUCUGCCACUCAACACGGGUCUGUACAGAGCAGAGAGACGACUCAUUUGAAUGGUACUUCCAAAUACAAACAGCAGUGUGUACACAGCAGUCGUAUAAGCCUGUUUCUUUAUACUCCUUAGCUGAUUUUUUGCCCCUCUUGUUUUUGGUCUCAGAGAAGUCAUUGUCCCGGGAAAUUUUAUGAUGUAUCUGUUCACCACUCAGUUACCUACAUCAUCUUUAGCACAUGACGAUUAAAAAGCAGAAAGAGAUUUGAGUUAGGUAUUAGCGGCAUCCUCAAGUGCUUGGUUCUGGCUCAAAUGGGUCUGCCCACCUAUUCAGUUUGCCUGAAAUCUGUUGCAAAAACAUUGAAAAACCAUGUUGUUUUCAUUUAAUCCCUAUGGUGGAAAACAGCACCAAACUGUAAAUUUCAGUCUUCCUCCCGUCCAUCCUUUACUCCCACACUACCAAGGAGUGAUGCUCAUGUCCUGUAAUUUGGCGAGCCGUUUGCACUAAGGCUGUGGGCACAUGGAGGUACUUGCCUGUGGAAAUGAGCGUUCCGCUUAAGCUGCUGUGUGCACUGAAGCCCCCCCUCCCCCUCCCCCUCCCCCUCCUGUGGAAGACCCAUCAUUACUAUUCAUAGCCUGCCACCAGCCAAUCAGGUGAGGUGUGGGCGGAGUGUGAGCCCCCCUUUGUUAGAUUGGAAAAACACAUUUUAGCAACGAGAUUAAGAUUCUAUCCACAGUUAGACCCUUGCUUUGCCUUACCUUACCUGUCUUCAAUUUUAGGAGACUAUUUACACUUAAUAUAAUGCAAUAGAUUCUGCAAAAGAAGCAAUUCAAUCUUUAUCAUUAUAUUACUCCAAAGGUUGUCUAUCUAGGUUACUAUUUACUGUACAAUGGAACUAAUCAUGUGCAUUUCAAGUUAAGUGCAGUAUGUUUUUCUCUGAUGUGUGAAUAUUGUGGCUUAACAGAACUGAAAGACGAGAGGAAAAGGGAGUGUCCUGCGCUAGUUAGACACCAUAAAGCUACUGGUGCCUCUUCAAACACUGAAUGCUCUGAUGUUUCCACUUUCCACCCUGGCUGACCACAAACAAGCACACCCAGCCAUUCAUUUUAUUAUGAUAUGAGCAGGAAUUAUACUUCUGCGUGCUGGCAUGUGAAUCGGACCCACUUUUCGUUUUCUUCUUUUUUCCUGAGAUCGUUUUUUCACUGUAGAUACUGUAUUAUUUAAGGAAACAUACUGUAAACACAAAUAUGAAACCAUUUCAUAUCUAAAAUGUGUUAAGAUCACAUUACGGAUAUUUUUUGACUAAUGUGGCUUUGUCUUGUAUGUAAAAUCACUUAAAGAUUUUAUUAAGCUUUAUAAGCUUUUUGUUGUGUGUAUAUUUGUAUUUAUACAUCUUGUAUUUUAUGUUUGGUUUUAUUUAAAUAUUAUCAUGGCAGUUAUUUGAAAUAAUAUAUUGCAUUAAUUUAAUGAAAUCUGAUCAGUAGGUUUUGUCAGGCUGUACAGAUUACUGGUGCCAGCAGUUCUCACUCCUGCCGAACCUCUUCACAUGUAAAAAUAUAUAAUUGAAAGGUAAAUCUGUUUGUAAAUAUUUAUUUUGCAGUCAAAUUCAGUGAGUUUUAGUUCAUACUCAUUUCAAACGUAUGUAGCACUACUGUCUUUGAAGAGGAAAAUAAAUGUCUGUAUCAGGCCAUUGUCAGGCAGCUCUUCAAACAUUUUUUUUUCACUCAACAGUAACUUGACAAACCACUCUUUAUUACCUGCCAUUGGUAACAUGGCUGAAGCAGCAUAUUAUUUAUUAUUUUAAUGCAUUUUUUUCCCCCAGAAUUAAAAUAUUAAAAUGAAGUACCCAGUGAAGCACAGUGGACCUUACAUCUGGUUUCUAAUCAAAUGGACAGGCCCAGUUCCUCUAGCAAGAACCCUUCGGGCAAUGUAACCCACUACUACUAGUAGAUACAGUACUAGUUUGAGGCCCAGGUCCACCCUUUUGCCUCUGCAACCUUUAAUUUCUCUCUGUUUGCGAUUUCUUGCUGCAGCUCCUUUACAUACCAUUCUCCGUGUUUGUAUUUUUUAAAAACUCUUGCUUGUUUCUUUUUUCAUAGUUGGCUUUCGAAGAGAUUGUCCUUAAAGAUGUCAGUAAGUUAACAAUAUCUGGUGCUUGUUAAGUUUUCAUACCAAGAUCAGUAUUACUACAAGAAAGUGUUUAGCUUUUACGUUCAGCAGCAGUUAUCUUUAAAAGACUAUGGUGUAUACCUGGAAAGCACUGAGACCAUUCAAGUGGGGCCACUAAAAUUGAACCUUGAGUACAGUAAGGUCAGAAAGCACAUCUUGCGAGCCUUUGGUUUGUACAAUCAUAAAUUACUUGAGAUCUUGCGACUUACUCAAAAUGCUGUAAAGAUGACUGCUAAAGUUUCACUUUCAUGUCCUAAGUGCAAUAUGAACACAUUUUCAUGUUAGUGGCAAGUCCAGAGCUUAGUUUACUAUGCCUUUAUCCUAUCGGUUUGCAGCAAACACUGUCCUUUACUAGCCACACUCAACUCUGUGUUGCUUGGUAAAUGCUAUAUUAUAUUUAAGCAUCUAGCUAUAUAUUAAAUGGGCAACAUGAAUGACUUGGACCAUAAAACUGCAUUGCAUGAUAAUUCAGAUGUCUUUUUUUUAUUUUUUCAAAGGGGAUUUUUCACUGGUUUAAGUUCCUAUCUGAACCUGUGUGUAUGUGUUGUGUACAUAAUUUCAUAUUUUUGUUACCAUUAUAUUCUAUGCAAUACCUUUGUAGCAGGUCUAAAUAAAAAAUAUAAAUGGAAAAUAAAAAUCUUCUCCAAGCCCUCA